UUCUCCAUAAGAAGAAGAAGAAGCUCACAAGCAUGAAUCGGAACAUCUCAGUUCCAAUCUGAAACGUGGCAUCCCAAAGCCGCCGCCGGGUAGCGCAGCCAUGUCCCGUCAACUCCAAGGACCCUUGGUCAUAUUUGUCUUUAUUACAAUGUUCCUGGUCAUCACUACCGCUUUGAGUCCGGUCCUAAUGAGCUUACUUGCCAUGGUGGGCAGCAUCAUCGUAUCGUUGGCGGUGGGACUAACGUACUAUCGACUGUCAAAGGCUUACCUCAGCACCAACCUUCCAGUGGACAGAAAGGCGGUCUUCAUAACCGGAUGUGAUGCCGGCCUGGGAUAUUGCAUCGCGGAGUCGUUGCUUGCAAAGGGCUUCGACGUGUUCGCAGGAUGUCUCAACGUCAGAUCUGAGGGUGCCAUAACGCUGGCGGAUAAGGACGCAAACGUUGUUCAUGUCGAUUAUCUUAAACUGGACACUGUAGUGAAGGGCUACAGCAAAGUUAAGAACAUUCUAGGUGGGAAGGAGCUGUGGGGCAUCGUUGCAAAUGCUGGAGUGACUACGUACGGCGAGGUUGAGUGGCUGAUGCCCAUGGAACUGCGUUGGUUGGUGGACGUCAACGUUGCCGGCACAAUUAGCUUCAUCAAAGAAGGAAUUUCUGAGGUCAAGAAGAGCCGCGGAAGAAUAGUUAUCCUUACGGGACUUCAUGGCAGGUUGGUCAUACCGGGCAUGGUCGUGCCUUCUGCUACAGCUGCUACGCUGUCGCAGUUUGCGGACGGACUACGACGAGAGCUCUUAAAGUUUGAAGUUCAAGUUUGUACGAUAGAACCAGCUUUCUACAGGACACGUAUCAUGGACCACAACAACAUCAGCGCAGCUCUCACGGCAGUCAUCGACAGGUUAUCCAGCGUCGUCAAAGAAGAAUACGGCGGUGCCUACUUGAAUACCUACCACUUUCUAUACCCGAAGAGGCUGAAGCGAUUUGCGCGUGCCAAUAUAAGCGAAGUGGCUGCUGCCGUCGAAAGAUCUCUCUUGAACAGAGAGACGAACCAUAGGUACCAGUGUUGUAGCAUGCGCCAGUUUCUGACCUGGUUAAUGCUGGAGUCGGCGCCGCAACAACUGCGCGACUUCUUUCUCGUCAAACAGUUCCUGCCGAGCGUGAGUGUCACGGGUAACAUCACAGUUAGGCGCACGGCACUGAAGCGUGUAUCGGUAUGCAGCGCUGAGACGCCACCUGAACUCGGCCGUAUCCUAAGACCCGUAAGCCUGUAUAGUACGCCACCGAUUCUGCAGCCGGGCAAGGUAUUGUGACCUGCCAUGGGGGAAUUGUGCAGCCACGAUGGCGUCCCGGAGUUUUGUUUUGUCCUUGGCAGCGGUGACUUAGCGUGCGAGAAGAAGACGAAACUAUAUAAUAUGGACUGAUGGUGCAAAGGGAUGAAAUUACAAUAAAAUAAUAUGAAACG